ACAGGGUAUGCUUUGAAGGUUUUUCUUGUGUAGCUUUAAGAGAGAGAGAGAGAGAGAGAGAGAGAGAGAGAGAGAGAGAGAGAGAGAGAGAGUUGGUAGGUUUGGAUAUAAUAAGUGUCAGAGAACUCACUGUCAUGAGAAAGAGAGGAUUUAUUCAUCUCCUGGUCUUUCUAAUGAUGGAAUGCUUUCUGGUUUCUAUAAUUGAAGGGGAAGGGGCAGUGCAAGAGAAGGCAGAAUCUACAAUUCCAAUCACAACCAACUCUCCUCUAGAAGGUAACACCACAUUCCUUGGAGGCACAACAUGGUGUGUUGCAAGGCCAGGAGUCUCACAGGCUGAUCUACAAAAUGCAUUAGACUGGGCUUGUGGUCUUGGGAUGGCUGACUGCAAUCCAAUCCAAUCAGGUGGAUCAUGCUUUGAACCUGACACACUCUUGUCUCAUGCCUCUUAUGCCUUCAACAACUAUUACCAAAAGAAUGGGAAUUCAGAUAUUGCUUGCAAUUUUGGAGGAACAGCUACUGUGGUCACUAGAGAUCCAAGUUAUGGAAACUGCCCUUAUUCUACAUCAGGAUCUUUAACUACUUCCUCAGCUCCCUCACUGUCUAGACCCAGCUUGAGGUGGUGGGAACUAUUUUGGAUUUUGCUGCUUUUGUACAUUAGAAGCUAAUAAAAAGGUUAGGGUUUUGAAUCCUGUGCAUUCCUGGAUUAUUAAUAUCAUGGAAA